UUCGGGAUCCUCACUUCGUAUCGAACACUGACAAUGAAAGUGAAACCGGGGAGCGACUGCGUCGAAUUUUACGAACGAAUACGGUUGUUCUUCCAAAACGAAGUUCUCUCCGGGGCUCGAUUCAACCUACAGUAGUUAAUAUCGCACGGCGAACGAAAUUCGAGAGUCAGUCAUUCGCGAGAAGCCUUUUAUCCGGCAAAGUUGUACGAGUGGAUAAAACUUGGUCAUGCAGAAAAAACAAUUACCUGCCUUUUCUGAGCCCUCCGGAAUAGGUGUGGCGGGUUUCGAAGCUCGUAUCAAUCCGGCUGAAAUUGCGCUUCCUAUGACAACCAUGAAUAAUACAAGCAACGCUGUAAUCAGCGUCAACGGACGUCCCGACGACAUUCGGAAGCACGUGAUCGGCGCGGAAGAGAGAAGGACCGACGACGCGACAACGUGCGGCAACAUCCUUGUCGCAUUGUCCUGGGUUGUCGUCGUCCUGACAAUGCCCUUCUCCCUCUUCGUCUGUUUCAAGGUCGUCCAGGAGUACGAGAGAGCGGUGAUAUUCCGGCUGGGUCGGCUUCUCUCUGGAGGUGCGAAGGGACCGGGAAUAUUUUUCAUUCUACCCUGCAUUGAUUGCUACGCACGCGUCGAUCUACGAACCCGGACCUACGAUGUUCCACCCCAGGAGGUCCUAACGAAGGACAGUGUUACGGUGUCCGUAGACGCCGUCGUUUACUACCGAGUGAACAACGCGACGAUAUCCAUAGCCAACGUUGAAAAUGCCCACCACAGCACCAGGCUCCUGGCUCAGACAACCCUCAGGAAUACCAUGGGCACAAGACCACUUCACGAGAUUCUCAGCGAGAGGGAGACUAUUUCGGGGAAUAUGCAGAUAUCAUUGGACGAGGCUACAGAUACCUGGGGGAUUAAAGUAGAACGGGUUGAAAUCAAGGACGUCCGUCUCCCAGUUCAACUUCAGAGAGCUAUGGCCGCCGAGGCCGAAGCUGCCCGUGAAGCACGAGCUAAGGUGAUCGCCGCCGAGGGAGAACAAAAGGCCAGCAGAGCGCUGCGCGAGGCUUCUGAAGUUAUCGGAGAUUCACCCGCAGCCCUGCAGCUUCGGUAUCUUCAGACUUUGAACACGAUUUCCGCGGAGAAGAAUUCAACUAUCGUAUUCCCAUUGCCCAUCGACAUGAUAACUUAUUUCAUGAAGGCAAAAGAAGCGCUAUAGUAAGUUUUCACAUAUUUUAAGUCCGGGUCGCCCUGACGAGCGUAACGAUGCUGACGAAUUUUCACGAUUCGAGUAAAAUUGUACUCCUCGAGCUAGACGGAUACGUUGAAGGAUUUAUUUGGCGACACUGUUGUACUUGACCUAUAACCUUUAAAAAGUGGAAAUCGCAAAGCAGGCGGACAUUAAAUAGCUUAAUAAUGAAUUAUUUCAUCCGAAACACCCCUGACGAAUUUGGUCAACUCUGCUAUCCACUCGUGAAACGGAUCGCCGAGCUUGGUGAUGGAAUUUUAAGGAAUUGUACGUUUCUCGACGAACCGCACAAAGAACGCUCGACUGAACUAUACACCUGAAGGAAACAGGAAAUAUUUAUUCGCAAUCAUGUACAGUACCUACAUAUAACCACAUACGAGGGAUAACGAGGUUCCUAUGUAUUUCGUAUGGGCAUCAUUUAUUCGAAAUCGUCAAGCGUUAUUUAUAAACGGAUAUCGCGUGUCUAAUGGUAUAAGGAUGUAAUGUGACAAAAAGGCAAAUUCGAUGGUAUUUCGCCGUAUUCGCUACAAAAGCUCUCUAAACGCAUCUCUACACUAAAAUUAACCGAAAAAUAAAUAAAGGUAAAAAGACUUACGUUUGAUGUACACGCCCUUUUAGCAAGAAAAAUAAUUUUUAUUCAUCACAUUUGUAAAUGGUAUAAAGUAGCAGAGGAGAAUUUAAAAAAUUUUAUAUUAUCGAAUAAUAAUAUCGGACGUAAUUUGAAGAAGUUGAUGUGAUUAUUUUUGAUUAAGCUUGUUACGAAAGGGCAUCACCGACAGCGCUUACCGUCUUUUUACUCUCAAUUGACCCAUUUUUCAAUUUCGACAUUUUUGAAUGUAUCCUCAUAUUUUGUCGCGUAAAUACAAAUAGGGCACGCCUUCUUACCUUUACGUGUGGAAAAAUUCGUAUUAUGGCGCAUACGUUAUCAUACCAUUAGACGUUGUGUGAAGUAUCGAUCGCAAAGAUGCGUCUUUCUAUCUCUCAGCGUUCGAAACACUUGUCAUUCGCAUCCUGGGUAGAGGAUGUUGAAAGUUAAAUAUAAUGAUAUAUUCACUCCAAUCUCUUCGAUUUUUAGUUAUUUCCAUAGCAUACGUUGCAGAUAAGAUUUGGUUAGAAUCUUUAUGACGAACAUACAAAAUUGAAAAAAAGAAUCACAUUACCCUGCAAUUAAAAUCUCAUUAUGUAAUAUUUCGCGAUUAUAUAACCGCCAGUCGUGAUAUAUAAUUUUGACGCAUCAUUUGCGUAGAAUAUACGGCGAAUAAAUUAUACAAGUUGAUGCAUAGCCAUCAUAUUUUCUUACCCUCAAUAACGCGACUCGAUAUUACUUUGCAGAGGGUGUUUUAUGGCCCAUCAAUCGAUUACUCAUUUUACUACGCUCGUUGUAUCUCUAUAAACGGAAUUUUUCGCACGCGAGAAUUUGACACUUGCACGAAAUUUAUUUUGUCGAUAACAAACAAAAAAAAAAAAAAAAAGAAAAGGCCGUAGCGUUAA